AGUUUUGGGUGACAAAACUGUGACUGAGUCUGUAUCUCAACAUUAUGAAUCUAUAAAUAACUACAUAGAAUACAUACUAAUUAUCCUAGUCAGAUCUUGCAUUACCAUUUUUGACUGAAGCAGCUUGUUGUUUGAUGAUCUGCCGGAACUUGAGAUUUUGAGUGCUCAGUUAAAAUAAUUUUUGAAACUCCGUACUAAUGUCCUGUGGAAUUUGUAGGAGCGAUAUGUGGCAAUGGCAACAAGAAGAAGAAUGUUGCCCGCCAACAUAUUCCCAAUUUGCUUUACCUCUAUGGGAUGAUACGAUGGGAAAUCAAACUCCACUUCGAGGAUUUGGUGAUUUCGACUUAGACGAAUUGGAUUUUGGAGAUGAGGUCGAGAAGGGUGUGGAGGAAGCAAACGAGGCAUCAAGAGUGAAAAGGCAUCGUGUUCUAAAUUUUUUUCUGAUGAUGAUGGUGCCACAGCCGUCAAUGAGCAUUUGUCCUCUGAAGUUCAGGAGGACUCGACAUCAGCAAAAAUAUGCACACAAAAUUUACAGUCGAAUCUCACAUGAUAGAUUUCUUUUCAGUAAUGAAGUCUUGGAUCCAUCCUCAGAUGAAUGGAUGGAGAACUAUUUCAAUGAUAGUGAGAUAUACAUAGUGGUAGGUAUUUUGUCCCAUUCUCAAGCCGUCAAUCCAUUUUGA